CAAGGACCUACCUGGGAAGGGUUCCCUGGUAUCCGUACCCUACCACAAAAGUAGCGUUUCCGCCCCAGGGGCUUCCCUUGUUGAGUAUUUCCUGAUCUUCAGGAACCGCCCUCCGGAACGAAAGCACAGUAGACCAUGCCCCUCCUGACCCAGCACAUCCAAGAUGAGAAUGAUCAGUACUGCUUAGUGGCCAGCCUUGACAACGUUAGGAAUUUCUCCACUAUUUUGAAAGCUAUUCAUUUCCAAGAACAUGCUACGUGUUUCGCUACUAAAAAUGGAAUCAAGGUUACUGUGGAAAAUGCAAAGUGUGUGCAAGCCAAUGCUUUUAUUCAGGCUGAAGUAUUUCAAGAGUUUCUGGUUCGGGAAGAGUCUGUUAUAUUUCGAAUUAAUUUAACUGUCCUUUUAGACUGUUUAUCUAUUUUUGGAUCAAACCCUAUGUCAGGGACUUUAACUGCACUUCGGAUGUGUUACCAAGGAUAUGGUCACCCUUUGAUGCUAUUUCUGGAAGAAGGUGGAGUGGUGACGGUCUGUAAAAUCAAUACUCAAGAGCCCCAGGAAACUUUGGAUUUUGAUUUCUGCACCACCAAUGUUAUCAGUAAAAUUAUUCUGCAGUCAGAGGGACUCCGUGAAGCAUUUUCUGAAUUGGAUAUGACAAGUGAGGUCCUACAGAUCACAAUAUCGCCUGACAAGCCAUAUUUCCGGUUAUCUACUUUUGGAAACGCAGGAAGCUCCCACCUUGACUAUCCCAAAGAUUGUGAUUUGAUGGAAGCAUUUCACUGUAAUCAGACCCAGGUGAACAGGUACAAGAUUUCCUUACUGAAACCCUCUACAAAGGCAUUAGUUUUAUCAUGUAAGGUAUCUAUCAGGACAGAUAACCGAGGAUUCCUCUCAUUACAGUAUAUGAUUAGAAAUGAAGAUGGACAAGUAUGUUUUGUGGACUAUUACUGUUCCCCAGAUGAAGACAUUCCAGAACCUGAGUCCUGAGUACUAGAAUUCACUGUGAUAUUUAUGUACAUUGAUAAUAAGUUGUAUUCGCAUUCUGAAAACAAUACUCAUGAGUUCCUGUUGUAUUUUCUACAGGGAAGGGGCAUAGAGAAGGUAGGAGCAAGGUCCCAGUGUGCUAACAAUUGCUAUAUAUUUUAUAAAUGAAUGUUUUCUUGUAGUCAUACAUUAUCCACCUUAAUGAACUAUUCUGUGCUUCUGUUUUGCACUCAUGACAAUCAUUGAGUCAAGAUAAAUAAAUUAUAUGUUCUAUUUAAGUAGAACAUUUCAAGGUUCUAAACGUUUCAAGUUUGAUGGUGGCAUAUCUGAAAUGAUCUUUUUAUUUAUUUACUGUUAGAAAAAGCAGACAUCUGGAAAUGGCCUGUUAAUUUGAAUUCUGGAGACUAGAUCAGAAAACGGACUCGUUCACAAAGUGUCCUGCUCAGACCACUGUCAGAAUCAUCUGGAAAUGUGUCAGAAACUCUGGGGGUGGCAUCAGCAAUCUAAACUUUCUCAAGGAAAGUUUGAUGUGUGCCAGAGUUUGGGAACUAUCAUUUUAAUAGUAUUUAAUUGCAUUGAGGUGUUUACAUUCUUUUGUUGUUUUUGGUAGUAUGGGAUA